GUGUUUCGUGGCGGCGUGAGUACACGCGCACGGAACGAACGAGUUUGUUACUCGAGGCGCGCGAGUUUGCGAUCAGGACAGUGUUUAUUCCACGCGGAUCGCGGAACGAAGCAUGGAACCGGCUAGAGAUCACACGAAGGAACAGGUGUCACACUGUAAUCCAUUUCUACCACAUAUCUAAAUACUUUCAUUCAAUCGGCAUCCGAAAUUCUUCGAAAAAGUUCUCCUCCUUAUUUCGAAGAAUCUUCGUCGCUAUCAGAGAUCGUUCCAACUGAUGCGAUGUCGCGAUCGUAAAACCCCAAUUUCCAGAAUUUCCAGUUGCGAGUUAUCAUGAUCUAAUUGACUGACUUGAAAGAACCGCGAAACACCUGAAGAGAACACCUGUGUUAAAUUCUACGUAUUCGUCGUGAUAGUAGCCGCGUCAUCGCAGGUGUUUCAAUUCGGUUCUAAUCAGAUCCUUAGAGAAAUCUGCUUUCUGAAAGUUUCUUAGAGUUUGCGAGGUGAAAAAGUACAAAAUCGUGUCGAAGAAGCGGAUAUUAUGAAUCAUAAGCGAUCAGAUACUCUUAUUAAAUGGUGAUUAAAUGUGAACUGAUAAAUCCUAUGAAAUGCUUCUCUGACGCGAAGUUCCUCCGAAUUUUCAAAUAAGACGUGUUUAAUGGAAAUUUGGAAAACCAUGUUUAAGAUUCAAGCAUGUUAUAGUGAGUGAUAGAUCAGAUAAUCAUUGGAAUAGUGAUAUAAUACGAUAUGAUAAAUAUGACGAUGAAUUAUUUGAUCUGAAAAUCAGUUAAAUAAAGAAGCCUACUACGGAUGUAUUAUGCGAAUUUUGAUGGAUUUUGCAUGUGGGUAUUCGACAGAGAAUUAUAUUGGAAAGAAUCGAAUAUUAGAGGAAGAAAUGAUUCAUAAAGCGACGUCGUCAUACAAGUGGAAGGUAAACAGGUGCAACUCAUAACCACUAUGAUAAAUUUGUACAUUUUUCUUCGUUAAAUUGAUAAGCAAUAAAGAAGCGUAUAGAGACAUAGGCGAGACAACGAACCAAUAUCUCUUAUCAACUUCUACGUACUUCUUGAAUAUCUAAUUCUACCGUCAAUUUAUAGUCAAAGCGGAAUCUUUUUCUUAUCUGGCUUGAGUGACCUCGGAAAUUGUUGACAAGGAUUGGCCUCCUCAGACUGGUUCAGGCACGGCAAGUAGUUUAAAGUAUAUUGAUCCUCCAAAGCCAGCAAUGUAAAUUCAGCUUUACUUGCUACUUGGCUAAACUACUAACCGUAUUCCAACCAGCCUGCAAUAUGGGAUACCCUAACUGCGUUCGACGCAAUCUUAUUGUAGAGGAGAAUUAAAGACGAUCAAUGUUAUUGUCGAUAUUUAUGGUUCUCAAUAGUAUCCUACAUCCUAAUUACACGAACGAUAUCGCAACGCCUAUCUGCGCCAGUCCAAUGACAAUACCUUCGCGAGAUCGACGUCUGGUUAGAUUUGGCUUGAAGAGAUACAUGAAAAUAUCGACGUGAUCUGCUGGAUCAUCAUCAGCUGCAUAAAAAUAUUUUUCGUCCACCCAACUGAUAUCGCCACCUUCGAAGGAAACUACGAUGCAAGAAAUAAAUUUGAAUAACAUCUGAAUAUCUUCUUCCUCCAUUGGAUUAGAAUUUUCUGACGAAUUCGUGAAAAGUGAAAUAAAAAUGUCUUCGAGCAAGGAUCGAGUUCCAGCCACUGCGUGCGAAGUGUCGCAGUUGAAAGAUGAAUAUAAGGAAAACGAUUCGAAGAAUCGUAAGUUGGCUGAAACAGACGACUAUUUGGCGGUUGACGAAACUUAUCGUAGCAGUAAAGUGGAAUAUGUUCCUCGUAUCACGUGGCCGGAUUUGAUCGCGUUAAUUUUCGUUCACGUAGGCUGCAUUUACGGAUUAUACCUUAUCUUCACCGAAGCUAAGCUUCUUACCACGUUAUGGGCGUUCGUGGUUAUAUACACUUCCGGAUUCGGUAUAACCGCGGGGGCGCACAGGUUGUGGUCCCACAGGGCGUACAAAGCGAAAUGGCCUCUUCGAUUCUUACUAAUAUUACUAUUCACCAUAACUGGACAAAAACACGUAUACGCGUGGGCGUUGGACCACAGGGUACAUCAUAAAUACAGCGAAACCGAUGCGGAUCCCCACAAUGCGAAAAGGGGUUUCUUCUUCGCCCACGUGGGCUGGCUUUUUACAACACCUCAUCCUGAUGUUGUCGCAAAACGAAAAGCAGUGGACAUGAGCGACUUGGAAGCUGAUCCACUUGUCAUGUGGCAAAAAAGAUACUACAUACCUCUGUUUGCACUUCUAACCAUUGGAUUUCCGGUCGGCGUGCCUUGCUACUUCUGGUCAGAAUCUGUCUGGACAUCCUUCUGGGUGAACUUCAACUUUCGUUUCUGCGUUACGCUCAACAUAGCUUUCUUCGUGAAUAGCGUGGCUCACAUGUGGGGCCAACGACCUUACGAUAAAUACAUCUCUCCGGUGGAGAACGUGGUGGUUUCGAUCGCGGCCCUAGGCGAAGGUUGGCACAACUUUCAUCACGUAUUUCCGUGGGAUUACAAGACUGGAGAACUUGGAAACUACACGUUCAACUUGACUACGGGCUUCAUCGACGCUUUUGCACACAUCGGUUGGGCUUACAAUCGCAAAUACGUGUCACCAGCGAUGGUUCGGCGCAGAGCGAUCAGAUCUGGCGAUGGCAGUCAUGUUUGGGGCUACGGUGAUGCCGACAUUCCAAUUGAGGAUCUCCAAGAAUUAAAACAGAUGGACAGGAAGAAAGAGUGAUAAUGUAUUUUUAGUGAUUACACGUCGACGUUAUGUUCCUUCUAUUUCCGCGAGUGUUGCGAACAAUUAAACGUACAGGAGUGUGUGACACGAAUUAUGAAUCACCAUGUUGUUAUUUUUUCUUGUGUCGUUCGGUGAAUUUUAUAUGUUAUUGUUUUAUAUGUAUAUAUAUAUAUAUAUAUAUACAUACAUAUAUAUGUGUAUGUGUAUGUUACUGUUGUAAGUAUUAUAUGUAUCGAGCAGAAGCUGCUUUAGUGUGACGAAAUCGAUAAAUGUAUCAAGCGUA